UUUAUCGGGAACAUGACUCGAGGUCAAGAAGCCACCGCGCAUGACUAAUGAAAACACCCAUUACUUCCGCUCAAAAAAAUGGCAGGUGAUUCUUGGUUGACAGAAUACGAUUCUUGUACCCGAAAGGGUCAAGAAAUCAUGGAGAAAAUCAACGAACGCAAUAAACAUAAUAGAACAAGCUCUACAUAUACAAAGUUAUCUGCUCAUGUAAGAAGUAAUAUGAAACAAUUUUCCAGUGAAUUAAAUCGCCUUCGUCAAAAUCUAAUGAGAUCAUCUUCAUCUUAUCAUAUAACACAAAGAGAAGUAGAAAGAAGACAGAUGUUAAUAGAUAAUUUAACAUCUAAAGAAAAACAACUUGAUCAAGCAUUUCGAAAUGAGAGUGCUGCAGGCAGGUUUGCUGGUUCACCUCAGAAAGGAGAUAGAAGUUCAUUAUUAGGAGCAGACACAUUUGGUGCCAGUGAUCCGUGGGGAGUAGGGGCUGAACCAGAUCAUUUACAUGAUAUGGGGAACUCUGACUUACAAGCUCAACAACAAAGGGUAAUACAAGAACAAGACAAAGGUUUAGAUGCCUUAUCUAAUGUAAUAGCCAGACAAAAACAAAUGGCCUUAGAUAUUGGAGAUGAAGUUGACAACCAGAAUGAAUUAAUUGAUGAUAUCACUGAUCAUGUGGAUCGAACUGGUGAGCGUCUAAUCAAAGAAACUCGACAUAUUAGUAUAGUAGAUAGAAAGUCUGGUACAUGUGGAUAUUGGGUGGUCAUUAUUUUAUUAUUUAUAGCAGUUGUUGUGAUAAUAGCUGUGCCAUACAACCAUAAACCUUGAUUAUUUCAUUUGAUCGGCAUUUGAGGGGUCUAAAGAACAAGGUUUUUUUAAACAUGACGUGAUGUAUUAUUUUCUUUCACUGAACAGCAACUUAUUCCUUAAUAUCUUCGCAUUGAAAAUAUAGUAAUACAGCUUAUGACUUUGUUUCUUUUGUACUGUAAAUGUAUAUAGUAAAUUAUACAUAAUCAUGCCUACCCCAGUAAAGUUCUAUUUUUGUAAUGAUUUGUAUAAUGGAUGAUAAUAACGUUUAUUUUGUAUAUAAAUAUAUAUUGUUAUGUUGAUUAUGUAUAUAAUUUUAUGGAAUGGAAGUAAAAACACCUUUGAUGUAUAAAACUGAAUGCAAUAUUUAUAUUUAGAGCAGGAAUUCGUUUUCUAUAUUGUGUAUGAAAGAUUAACAUGAUAAAAAAAAAAUUUCA